UUAUAAGUAUAAACAAUUAUCGAAAAUAAAGCAUCACAAUAACGCAAUUUCAAACUAGCUCACAUUAAUUUCCACUCAUAUUGUUGACCAGACAAAAAUUCUGUAAUCUAAUGAAAAUCUGUGUCCGUAAAAAGAGCAACUUUUUAUGUGCUAUCAAAACAUCAAACAGGUAGCGCGCAACAGCUAGCUAAAACCGGCAGCAGCGGCGGCGGCGGUGGCGGAACUCGAAAAUGCCUCUACCGAACUCCAAGCCCUCGCUCAUUUCCCUCUCAUUCUCCCUCUUGCUACUACUUUCCAUCCCCUCAAAUGUCGGGUGCAUCGGCGUCAACUGGGGCACGGCGGCGUCGCACCCUUUGCCGCCGGCGAAGGUGGUGGAGCUUCUCAAGGCCAACGGCAUCGGUAAAGUGAAGCUGUUCGACGCCGACCCGCUCGUCCUCCAGUCGCUCUCUGGCUCCAAAAUCCGCGUCACCGUCAGCAUUCCGAAUUCUAUGCUUCGCAGCCUCAACGCUUCAUUAAAGGCCGCCGAGAGCUGGGUGCACGAUAAUCUCACCCGCUUCGUUUCCGACGGCGCCUCCAGGGUCCUCAUUGAGUAUGUUGCUGUCGGAGACGAGCCUUUCCUCCAAAGCUAUGGCGACCAGUUCCACCCCUAUGUCGUUGGAGCAGCUGCCAACGUCCAAACAGCGUUGCUCAAGGCUAACUUGGCUGAAAAGGUGAAAGUCGUAGGAACCUGCAGUUUCGAUGCUUUUGUAUCAGAAACUGGUUUGCCAUCAAAAGCGCGUUUUAGGCCAUCAGUCAAUAGAACCAUGAUUGAGCUCCUCAUGUUUUUGAACAGACAUAGAUCUCCAUUUUUCGUAUCCAUAACCCCCUUCCAGAGCUACCAUGAUAACAAGAACAUUUCACUUGACUUUUCUCUUUUCAGAGAAAGAGCACGGCCUCGGAAUGAUAGUCACAAGACCUACAAAAACAGCUUCGACUUGAGCUAUGAUACCAUCAUCUCAGCCCUAUCCGGUGCUGGAUUUCCCCAGACGGACGUAGUCAUUGGGCGAGUCGGUUGGCCCACUGACGGUGCUCCAAAUGCCACCUCGUCUUUAGCCGAAGAAUUCACUAAAGGCUUGAUCAACCACCUCCAGAGCAAUGCAGCAAAAUCUUCCAAGGGCCAAGCUUUGCCAACGGAAAUAUACAUAUUUAGCCUUUUAGACGAAGAUAAGAGAGGCAUAGCUACCGGGAAUUUUGAGAGGCACUGGGGCGUGUUCACAUUCGACGGCCAAGCUAAGUAUCAAGCCGAUCUUGGGCAGGGCUCGAGAAAACUGGUGAAUGCUCAGGGCGUGCAGUACCUCUCUCCCAGAUGGUGUGUGGUGAACAACAACAAGGACUUGUCAAACGCGACUGCACUCGCCUCGGUGGCGUGUGCUGCCGACUGCACUGCAGCGUCGCUAGGUGGUUCGUGCUUCAACCUUAGCUGGCCCGGCAAUAUCUCUUACGCGUUCAACAGUUACUAUCAGCAGCACGAUCAAAAUGCAGAUAGCUGUGCGUUCUCAGGCUUGGGAUUGAUCACCACCGUCGAUCCGUCCGUUGAUGCCUGCAGGUUUCCAGUCGGACUCAAGACGUCGCUUUCGAUCUCCCUACAAGAAUCUGCAUUUCUCUGUCGGUUUAUAUCGCCAACGGUAACUGUUUUGCUGUGGUUGCUUGCUGAAAUAUGGCCGUAGAUGUUGGUUGAUGUUCCUUGAGGUUUCAUGGUUAAUAUCUUUCAUCAUUUUUGUGUGCGACCAAAUUUUCACUUGUAUCUAUAUUCUGCUUUCUACUGAUCAGGUUGCAUCAUUUUCGUGUAAUAUCUCAAAAAUGGUGAAAAUUUUGAGGUGAUUAAUGCCAUUUUUAGUGCAAGAGGCAACGUUGGUUGUCUUAGGACUCAAUUCUGAUUUUGGGAAUGGAAUUUUAUUAUUGGUGAGCAGAUAUUGUACUAACAAUGGAUAUAUAAUAGGAUUCACGUUUUUGUCA